AUGCCCAUGCCCUUCGUCACUGAGACCGUUGGUGGGGGAUGGCACACCUACGAUAUCUUCUCGCGCCUCCUCAAAGAACGCAUCAUCUGUCUAAACGGCGAAGUCGACGAAACAAUUUCUGCAAGCAUAGUCGCUCAGUUACUAUUCCUCGAAGCCGAUGCACCGCAAAAGCCCAUCUCCUUAUACAUCAACUCGCCGGGAGGUAUUGUGACGGCUGGACUGGCUAUCUACGAUACUAUGAUGUAUAUCCGCAGUCCCGUUAGCACCAUCUGUAUGGGUCAGGCUGCUAGUAUGGGAAGUUUGCUGCUGUGUGGUGGCGCAGAGGGCCAGAGAUAUACUCUACCGCAUAGCAGGAUUAUGAUUCACCAAGUCAGUGGUGGAUACCAGGGUCAAGCUUCCGAUAUCGCCAUUCACGCAAAAGAGAUUCUGCGUGUGCGUGAGCAACUGAAUGAGAUCUACCUCAGGCACUUGACGAAGAAGCAUACCAUGGAGGAGAUUCAAAAGUACAUGGAGAGAGAUUACUUCAUGGGUGCCAAGGAAGCCCUCGAGUUUGGUAUUGUGGAUAAGAUCUUAGAGAGGAGAGAGCAGGCUGGCGAGGCACGAUAA